CCCCACCUUCAACCUCAACUUACAAUGAGCAGUCUUCAUGUGCCUCUGCAAAAACACACUCGACCGAAACCCAACCGCACAAGUUCCACAUUUAAAUUCACUUGGUCCAAUGUGAGCAUCUUUAGCAUGUUCAAGCAUCAGCCUCUCAGUUGGGAAUUCUUUCGAGCAUUUCUCGCACUUUACCAAGUCCAUAUGAGUCAUUCUGUGAUUUCUAAAUUCAAAAUAUUGAUGUGUCUCGAAGUCGCAUUCCCUGCAUUUGUGGAUCUUAACAUUCACAUGACGAACAUUUACAUGGACUUCCAGUGUGAAUUGAUCACUAAAUUUCUUAUCACAAAAUUCACAAUUAAGAUUGUCUUCAUCCUUGUUCCUCAUUUUACACUUUGGUUCAUGAAGGAGUAAUGAUGAUCGAUUUGGGAAUGUAUUUGAGCAUGUCGGGCAUGUAAAGAUUUGAUUUUCCAUAUAUCGGAUGCUUGAGAAUGACAUUCUUGGUUGGUAUGGAGCUAUUUUAUAUUGUGUGGGUUGUUGCUGGUUCUCUUGCUUGAUAAACUGAGUUUCAGGAUAGUUUGAUGGAUAUUGAAGGUUGUCAUGACUAUUUUCAUCCGGAUCUUCAUACUCUUUCUUAAUUUCUACUAACAAGUCUGAGCUGUCAAAUAUUUCAGGCUUUAUACUAUAUUCAGAUUUGAUUUUAAUUCCUGUUAAUCCAUUGGAAUCGGAUAUUGUGUGCUCUUGAUCAACUUGAUUUCUGUCUGAUUCACUAUAUUGAGCCUGAUCAAUACUCAUUUGAUCCUCAACUUCUGUCUCAAGAGCAGAACGACUAAGAAUUUCAAUUCGGUCCUCUUUCAUGACUUUCGGAGCUUUAGCAGGCUUCUUAUUCUUCUUCGGAAUUUUUAAUGGAAUAUUUUUCAUACUUUUUCUCACAAUUUCUUGUUCUGGUACACGAUUCUCGGCAAUCUUCUUCUCGAGCAUCUUUUCUGGUGCAAGACAUCUGCAAGGAGUUAUUUGUAAUAUUAACACGUAGAAAAAAAUGCACUGCGCAUUAAAUUAGUGCGCCACAUAAAAAUGAGUCAGCGCAAUAAAUUCGUGCACCAUUUAAAAAUGUAAUGCACAAUAAAUUCGUGUGCCAUACCGAAAAUUAAUGCGCAGUAAAUUAGUGCGCCAUAUAAAAUUUGUAUUGCGCAUUAAACUAGUGCGCCAUACAAAAAAUUAAUCUGCGCAGCAAAUUAAUGCACCAUCUGAAUGAAUUUGUGCGCCAUACAAAAAAUGUUCUGCGCAGUAAAUUACUACUCCAUAUAAAAAUUAUACUGCGCACAAAAUCAUUGCGCCAUGUGGAAAAUAGUUCUGCGCUCAUUAUUGUCAGCUAAUUUUAAAAUCAUACUGCGUACAAUAUUACUCCCCAUAUAAAAAGGAUUAUUUUUCAGAUCUGUGCCUUUCUACAGCCACAAUAAAUCCACAAAUCAAUCCAACUCACCUAAACUUAGUCAAAUCGCCAUCAUGAACCCUCUUCAAGUGCCUCUUUACAUACUGUACAGCAAAGAAGUCCUUUUCACAUAUUAAGCAUUGAUAAUUUCUUUCUUUAACAUGGACGGCUUCAUGAUGCAAUGCCAAGUACCUUCGUUCCUUAAACUCUUUUUGACACACUUCACAUUGGAAAUUCUUUAAAUGAAAAUUACGAUGCUUCUUCAGCUCCUGUAAGUUAAUUGUCUCAAAAUCACAAAUUGUGCAUUGCAGCUUCCUUUCAGUUUGAUGAGCACCAAUCAAGUGGAAUUCCAGCAGUUGCUUCCUUUUAUAUCCUUUUGGACAUAAAUCACAUUUGAAUGGCUGACUGUCAAUAUGAGUCACUAAAUGGUUCUUAUAAUGUCGACUGUCAUUAAAUCCACGUCCACAGUCAUUGCAGUAAUAAGCCUUAGAUUUUAUGUGCUGUGAUCUUAAAUGGAAUAUCAUGAGGAACUUGGUAGCAAACUUUUCAUUACAGAAAUUGCAAAUGUAGCUUUUAUUCCUUAAAUGGAUCUUCAUGUGUUCCUUCAUAUUCCCUUUGUAGAUUUUCUUUGAGCAGACCUGACAUGUUGACUUGACUUUGUGGCUCAUCUCAUGGAUUAUUUGUUGUGAUUUGAAUUCGAAUGUUUGUGUGCAUGUUGAGCACUUGAAAAUUGCUAUUGGUGAUGGUUCGAUUUGUUGUGGGAUUGGUUGUCUUUUGGAGGAUGUGUGUGUUGGAUUUGGUGAUCUUGGUGGUGAUGUUGUGGGGAAGGUGAUGAUGCUGAUGGAUUCUUCGAUUUUUGGUUCUAGUUUGAGGGGGUCGGAGAGGAUGUCCAUGGUUGGGUGGUUAAUUUGAUGUUUACUUUAAAGAUUUUGAUGGAUUUUUGGGCUGUUCUGCUUUGUAGGUUGAUUUUUUAAGUGUUUUUAUUGGAUGUUGAUCCAGUUCGACUAUGAGUUGCUAUCUACACUGGAAUUUAUGGUUCAUAACUGUUCAAAUAAUUAGCUUUACUUGGAUUUUGAAUGUUUGAAAUUGCGAUAAUUGAAUUACAUUAAUUAGGAGAGAAUUCAAGGCUUAUGAUGAGUUGCUAACCGAUUCCUUGUCAAUUUUAAAAAGCAACAAACUUAAAACUUAAUGUUAAACCGCUCUAAACUUAUUAAGCAAUCAAAAUCCACAUGUUUUUAAUUUUUUCACAAUUUCUCUUCAAUUUUUACAAUUUUAUUUCACUUUGUUUGCCUAAUUUCUACAACUUUCAAUCCAAUUCUGUCAAUAAGUUGCACAACAAUCUUCAAUUUCCUCAAAAAUCAACAUUAUUUAACUCAAAACUCACGCAAAAACUACUAAAAAUGUGUCCAAAUCUUCUAUUUCCACUCAUAUGGUUUCUGUUUUGUUUACAAAUAUUUCAGAAACAUAUGAUUGGAUUGAGGUCAAUCUGAACGGGGGUACGACGCUUUUGAGAAAUAUUUUUUUGAACUUUACCGGAAGAUCAAAACAUAAAAACAAUAACAAACUGAAAGAAGAGAAGUUUCACAAAUUGGAUUAGUUUUGAGAAUUUUUUUAAAGGUUUAGCAAUUAACUGUGGAUUUUAUUGAGUACGCUUAGAAAAUUAUUCAAUUAAUUUUUCCUCGCAAAUUUGAAAUCAAUAAAGCCAAAGCUCUCAAAAAUUGAAGAAUUUAAAAGCAAACUAAAAGCAAUUCAUCUAAAAUGGCACCUAAAAGAGCAGCUGGAUUUCUAAUUUACCGACUGAUUCAUGAUGAAAUUCAAUAUCUGCUGAUGAAGGCUAGUUACGGAAGCUUUCACUGGACACCGCCAAAAGGACAUGUCGAUCCAGGUGAAUCAGACUACGAAACAGCGCUGCGUGAGACUCGUGAGGAAGCUGGAUAUACUGAAAAUGACUUGAUAAUUUACAAAGAAUUGAGUAAAACUUUAAAUUAUCAUGUCAAGGGUAAGCCAAAAGUUGUUGUUUACUGGCUGGCACAGCUUAGAGAUGUGAACAAGAAUCCAACACUCUCGGAUGAGCACACGGACUUUAAGUUUUUGAAUAAGAAAGAAACAAUUUCGCUGUCUGGAUAUAAAGACUUUGCUAAUAUGGUUGAGGAAUUGGAUGUGGAAAUUAAGAAGAUCCAUAAAUUUUCUAAUUGAUGUUUGAAAUUUUUUUAAAAUAAAAUUUGCAAUUUUUUCACAAAUUAAAAAAAAAUUGUUUUAAAUUGAACUAUAAAUCUUUAUCAACACGAUAAGUCUUAUACGAUAGACAAAAUAAUAAUGAAAAAAAAAAACCUUUCAAAUACAAUAAACACACAAAUACAUUCAACAUUUAAGCAAAAUAAAAAAAAAGUUUAUGAAUUUUGAAUUCUUUAAAUAAUUUUGAAAUUUAAGCUUUAAAUUUAUUUUGAUGUUAUUUUAUUAACAUUUAACACCAAUUACAGUGACAAGUUAAACAAAAAUCAAUUGAAAGAAAACAUUUAAAGUGAGUAAAUAAGAUUAAAAUUAACGUGCAACAACUUAUAAAAAUGGAGAUACUUUGUAGUUUUGAAGACGAUUGUUAUAAUGAUAAGAAUAGCAGAAUAAAAUUUGGAGAAUCUGAGAAACAAUAUAGUUUUGAUGCACAAACUUCAACCACAACAACAGCUAAACCAAAAUUUUACCCUCCACAACAAACUGAAUUAGCUACAACAGGAAGAUUUACAACAUAUGAACAAACAAAACAACAAUGUAUAACGUUUAUGCAGGAAUAUGCUGAUAAGUCUAUAGAAGAAUUGCGGGUUGCGGAUUAUGCUGCAAAUCUUAAAGGUCCUCAGGCUGAAAAUACAACUGCAUCAAUUGAAAGUCAACCAAGUAAUAGCGUGUCUGUAUUCACAUCAUUAACAUCUUUGUUAGGACAACAUGUACAAGACAAAUCACCAAUUAAUCCAUUUUCUCGAUACUCUCCAACAAAUACUUCAACAUCCAUCUUUCCAUCAGGCGAUUCUAAAUAUUUAAAACCAACAAUCAUCCAAAUGCCAACGAACACCAGUUUAAAUCCUUUUGAAAAGACAUCAGCAUUUUAUAAUUUCGCAUCAGCUCCAAAAUCUUUCGAACCACAGUCACAAAAUUUAGCAAACAAAAUAUUUUCUUUUGGACAGUCAAAUUCUAGUUUAAGCACAACAACAGAACAGCCAACAGUAAAUAAAGCUUCUUGUUUUUCAUCAAUAUUUGGUGCAUCAUCAAGUGGUAAACAACAUGGAUCAACACAAGAGCUUGAAAAUAAAACCGAUGGAUUGCUUAGAGGAGACAAAGUCUUUACUUGUAAGGUUGAGAACCAAUUAAUAUCAGAAGAUCAAGAAUUGAAAUUUAUUGGACAAUACAAAGAUGGAAAGACAAACGAUGACGUCAUUUUUGUAAAAUUUAACAAAUGCACGUUGACUAAAGUUCCACAAGGACUCACAAAAAUCUUUCCAAAUAUGAAAGUUUUGUGGAUUAUGAGCUCAAAGUUAAAGAAUAUCUGCAAAGAUGACUUAGUUGAGUAUAAAAACUUGGUGGGUUUUCGCUUUGAUUAUAACGAAAUUGAGUUCCUCCCUCAGGAUUUGUUUGAAGACUUUAGAAACUUGAUGAUGAUUGAAUUUUGGGGAAACGACUUAAAAAUUAUUGAGCCAAACAUAUUGGAUGGACUUGAUAAAUUGGAACUUGUUGAUUUUAGAAAAAACUUAAUGUCAACGAAGAAGUAUUAUUCAUUUCAUCCCGAUUUACAUGAAAAUGGAAAAAUUGAAGAUGAAAAGUUUGAACUUUUUGAAAAUUAUCCCAAAAAAUAUGAAAUUUUUGAGAAGUUACGAGUAAAAAUUCAACAAUUACAGGACUUUAAUUUGAAAUUGAAAAGUGAAUUGGAGCAUAAAAACCUUGAAAAUUCUAACAUUACUGUCAAGAUUCAAACUGGAUUUCUUGGUGACUUUAAAACCUUCAUUAAAGACGAGGCAACCAAGGACUUUAAGAUUCUAACUGAUGACCAAGAAUUCUCAGUCCACAAAUUCUUGCUCGCAGCACGAAGUCCGACUUUGGCUGAAUUGCUGAAAAACAACCCUGAAGUUGAAAGUUUAAAGCUUUUAGACAUUUCGGUCGAAACUUUUGAGAUAAUUCUUAAAUUUCUCUACACUGAUGAACUUCCAGGCGACGAUGGGACGAACUUUCUUCAGCUUUUUGCUGCUGCUGGGAAGCUGAAGAUCGAGGAAUUAAAAAAUUUUGCAGCAAAGAUGUUAAUUGAUCAAGUUAACCACGGAAACGCUGUUGAAAUCUUCAAACUAAGCAACAGCUAUCAAUGCGAUGAGUUGAGACAAAAAGCAUUUAACGAAGUUAAGAAAUGCUAUUCAAAUUAUAAGCUUAAAGAUGAAUGGAUUACAAAACCAGAAAUCGUUGUUAAAGCUAUCGAGCAAUUUAAGAGAAAUGAGGAAGCAAUUCGUAAAUUGGAAGAAGAAUUUGAAAAUGCAACUUUUGACGAUUAAUUUUAUUUU